AUGAAUACAAAUAAUAAUAAUGAGAUAACUAAUAAAAAUAUAGAGGAAACUGAUAGAUUAAUCAAUGGAAAGAAUGUUUUGAAAUUUAUCGGUGAUAAACUUCCAAUUGAUAAAUACGUCGUUUUAGUUUAUAACCCAUUAAAAGAUCAAGAUAAUGAACAACACAGAAAUAUCAUAUUAAUAGGAAAUAUUGAGAGAAAGAAUAAAGAGAUAGUAGUACCAGAUACAGUCGAUACUGAAUAUCAAUUAAUAAUAAUAAGAUCAUAUCCCUUAUCAAUAUCUAUACCCAGCGUUAUUAAAGAAAUCACAAUCAUACACAGUCGAUAUUCAAGAGAGUCUAUUCAAAGACAAUCUUAA